UAUAUAGAGAGAAGAGAGCGUGCAACACUACUUACUGUUUUCCAGUUUGGGGAAGAGGUAACAAUCAGAGAGACAGCAGAGGAGGGCAAGUGCGGAAUGAAGAUGUUCAAGUUUGCUGUAGUCCUAUUUUUUGCUAUCCUAGCAACAUCUACCUGCAAAAGGGAUAGAUGUCUGGAGGGGUGGACUCACAAGCCUAGACCAAGCCCUGAGCUGGACAUGCAUGAAUGUACACUGUACUCUGAAUCUUCCUGUUGUUAUGCAAACUUCACAGAGCAGUUGGCUCAUUCACCAGUAAUUCAAGUAAGCAACAGCUCCUGGAACAGAUGUGGGAAUCUCAGUAAAUCCUGCGAGGAUUACAUGAAGAAAAUUGAAUGCUUUUACCAGUGUUCCCCGCAUGCCGCUCACUGGAUCAAUCCCAACUACACUGCUGGUUUUGACUUUGUUCCUUUGUGCCAAAACUUCUGUGAUGACUGGUAUGAAGCAUGUAAAAAUGACUCCACCUGCGUCCGCAACUGGAUAACAGAUUGGGAAUGGGAUGAAAAUGGAGAGAACCACUGUAAAAACGAAUGCAUCCCCUACAAUAAGGUGUAUGCAAAUGGGACUGACAUGUGCCAAAGCAUGUGGGGGGGCUCGUUUAAGGUGAGCGAAUCCUCCUGCCUCUGCUUGCAAAUGAACGAGAAGGAUGCAGUGGCGAUCAAGUAUUUAACUUCCGAAAGCUCGGAGGAGAGUUCCAGCGUCAGUAGCAGCGAGGAGCGUGCCUGCAGACGUAAACUGCGAAAGACUGAGCUCCUAACGGAAGAAGAAGGGGUGGAAAUAGAGGUGUUUGAAAUUCUGUGACAGACGGGACCUGGUUCUAAUCCUCCCCGAAGAUCUCCAGACUGAUGCCUCAGGAUGUCACAGAGAAUGUUCUGUUUCCAUUCUCCACCGUCAGUACUAUUGCCAAAGCUAAACCAAAAUCUGUACUAAUUGUUAAGGGGACGUUAUCCUGAUAUUAGUGGAUCAAAUUCUGCCCUUGGUUACACUUGUGCAAUCUCUUUGAUGCUCGUAAAGUGCCAGGGAUCUGUCUGUUUUUCUAAGUCACCUAUCACAGUGAUGUCACCAGUGUAAUUCAAAGAAGGAUUUGGUUUCAACAGGCCAGAUUCUUGGCUGGUGUAAAUCAGAGGUAUGCUGGUUUACACUAGGUGAAGAUCUGGGCCAUAGCUUUUAAAGUGUUGUGGCUCAUAUUUGCAAUAAAAUGAAGCAUUUUUAAAAUCCAACAUGCUUAUCCUCCGGCUGUUUGUUUACUUUCUGGGUGUCAUGCAGCUAGACUGAUCAGGGAGACUUUCUGCUUCCUAUCACCUUGAUUGUUUCUUUAAUUCCUACCAGCAUUAGAUUAUUUUGAAGCCAUUUUUACAAAGUCUGCAUUUUGGCCCAAAUCACCUUGUCAGCAUCUGUUUCAGUAGCGAUGGAAAGAAUUUGGACUGAAGCUACCUCCUGCCAAACAUUCCUUCACGAGAUUGCGACAGUCUGCCAUCCCAUGCUCUUACCCUCUGCUGAAGCACUUAUCCAAGCCUUGAACAUAUCCACCUGAGCCCCAGCGAACAUGGCUCCCUGGCCUCCCUGCUUAUCUCGCCUCAGUUCCAAAUGCCCAGCAAACAUGUCCUCUCUCUCUUCCAUCGCUGUAACCAUAUCUAUAUCUCCACCCCCACCCCAUUAGCUUCCUUCACUUUCUGCAUUAAAUGCAAGCUUCAGCAGCACUCCUCCCCGGCCUGCAUCUCUGCUCUCCUUUUCUCUUCAUUCCCCUCCACGGCUAUGGCCAGAGCAAAGGCAAGUUCCCCCUCACAACCAUUACAAAUAAACCCUUCUGCCAUCCUCAGCUUCAUGCCUUCUCCUGCCUUGUCCCUUAGUCCCAGAACAGUCUUCCUCUUCUCAGAUGCUCAUCUGCCACUUUCAUUCACAUCCCUCCUUAAAACACUACUUCGGUGGGGCCUUUCAAUGACACGGCACUUAUCCCUAGAGCUUGGAUACUGCCAGUGCAGGACCCAUGAGUCUAUACAAUUGCUAGGAUUUCUUUUGUUCCUAAUAUACUUAAAAAAUUCCUUCUUAUUAACCUUAGCCUUGCCAGCCAUGGAUCUUUUCCUGUUGUCUUUAGCUUCCCUUGUCUUUUUUUUACACGUAAUCAAUUCUAAUUUAUAUUGGUUGCUAUCUACUUUCCCUUUUUUAAUAGUUAUGUUAAUAGAGAUUAAUAUUUAUAGUCAUUUGACCUUCUCUUGCACUAUUUAUCUGUGGUGCUCAUAGCAUUUGCAAACAUUAAUUAAUUCUCAGAAUGCCCUGAGGCAAUUGGAGGUUAAGUGACUUGCCUGAGGUCACACAGAGACAGUAGACAGCUAGGACAAGAACCCAAAAGUACGAAUUCCGGUCCUUCAUUCCUACCUGUGAAUUAACUAGUGCUUGUAAGGUGCUCUGUGAUCCUAGGAUGAAAGGUCCUAUAUAAAUGUUAUUGCAGAUAAGUUACAGAGGGAUGUUCAUACUCAGAAAAUCUUUAUGACAAAAAUGUGAAAUUUAGAUAAAUUAAUUUAAAGUGUGAAACACCCCAAUUUCUCUUUUUUAUUUUGAUAGCUACAAAAGAUAUUUGUGUCUUAAAAGAGUAUCUUCCAUCCAGCCCAUUCUUUCUCCUCUUACUUACCUAUUCAUUGAGGUCUUAAUGCUGAAUGUAUGACAUCACAAUCAUAUCUCAGACUGUGAAGUCUUACAUACGGGUUUGUGAUGAUAUGACAGUGGCAAGCAAGAAGCAAAACAAACUGGUGAUGAAGGAGCGGAUCUUCUACAAACUUAAUAAAGGAACAGAAAAAAUUAUCAAUCAUCUCUAUUCCUUUUAGCUGAAAAGUUAAUGUUUUCCAAGUUUCAGUCAAUAUGAAGCUGUCUCUUUAAAAGCGUCGAUAUAGGCAGAACCCCAGAUGUCCCGGCUAUUGCAGGAAAUAUUCCCAGGUCUGCCCACUAUCCUGCAAACGUAGUACUACUGCUUCCUCGUGGAAGUCAUGACAUAUCCCACACUGUAUUUCAAUGCCAUUUCCACAGGUACCCCAUGCUGAAGGCACUACUUUUGGAAAUUGCAUUUCUGUACAGGUGGCCUUCUGGCGUGUAGUGGAUACCAGGCAUGUUUUCACUUUAUCUAAUCAUGUGUGGCACACAAUCCUAUUGCUGAUUCUCUCCUCAGUGAAACAAAUGUACAAACUGUGCACUGAAGGUGCACAACCAUGGCAUACUACUAAAUACUAUGAAAUAAAUGGAAUAGAAAGAU